AUGUGGCUUAUUUCUUGGCCCAAGAAUACAUGCACCACCAAGGCUGGUGGUCAUAAAGGCGGCACCACCUCAACCGCGGGUACUGCCGUGGCCGCUAAUUGUCUUAGUAGUUCAUCAUCCCACUGUACCUGUCUGGCCAAACUGGUGAGGAAGCUAAAGAAACAUAGGAGAAGGAUAGGGGCUGCUAGUAGACAAAGUUCAUUCCAGUGCCAUUAUGAUCCAUUGAGCUAUUCUCUCAACUUUGAUGCAACUGGAUGUGGAAACUUGUUAGAUGAUCAAGAUUACUUCAAGUUCUAUGCCUUCUCCUCCAGGUUUGUGGCCAACCAAUCAGAACCUCAGCUGGUCCAAAACUGA